AUGUUGCUGGUACACGUGGCAGAGAGCGGUAGGUCGUUCGAGCUGCACUGCGGCGCGGACACGCCAGUAGAUUCCGUCUGCGACACCCUCGCCUCCCUAACCGCCAUACCUCCUCAGGACCAGCUCCUAAUCUGCCGCGACGUGCGCCUUGAGCCCGGACGACAACUCGGAGCGUAUCAACUUCCAGAUGCUGACGUGGACAACAGCACCCAUGACACAGCAGGCGCGGUCGACACGGAGUCGCGUUCCGCGACUCACGGGCACUCUCGUCCGGUGUUUCUUUUCAAUAAGAUGCGCCUCCUUCCAAAAUCUCCUCCUCCCGCGGUAGAAGAAAUCGAGGAGAUGGUUGUACCAGAAGUGAUUAUAACAGUGGGUGAGCCAGGCGGCGAGCCGUUACAUCCGUUAGACCGGUCGGGUAACCCUCUCCUCAGAGCUAUUCCGUCUUACGAACGGCAGUUUCGUCAGGAUCUCUUACAGGCUCAGGCGUAUCUCGCCGCCAGCCAAUCGCGCUUCGACACGUGUCGGCGGCUCCUGCAGGAGCAGCACACGCAAGCAGAAGCCGUCCGCUCCGGAUCUGCCAGUAUGGAGGCCAUGGCCCUCCAUAUAGUCACAUCGUUCGCGGAUUUUCAAUCCGCGUAUAAGCAGCAGCACAGCCGGCACGAGCUCCUUCUGCGAACCUUCCACCGGAACCUCCGCGCGUUGCAUUCUUGUCGUUUACUGCCUCCCGUCCGGGCGGCAACCGGGUGGCAGAGCCUCGUCCAGCUGGCCAAGGAGCCGCGGCUGCAGCAGGCGUUCUCGGAGUGCCACGUGGCGCACGCUCAGAUGGCCACGAAGGUCGCUGAGCUGGAGCAGCAGUUUCAAGACACGCGGGCGGGAAUCGAGGAGCUAAUAGGCGGCGGUGGGGGAAGCGGACCCGCGGCUGACGCUGCUACAGGGGGUGCGGGUGCAAACGCGGGCGCAAACGCGGGCGCGGGCGAGAUUGUUGGCGGUAGGGGGACUGGUGGCGGAGGAGCAGGCGCGGAGGGGCGGAGGAGGGAGGCUGAGGUGGUGCGGGAGGUGGAGGGGAUGGUGGAGGAGGGGCAUCGGCUGCUGGAGGAGCAAGAAGUCAUCGUCGGUGUUCUCGGGGAGGUGGAGGGGAUGGUGGAGGAGCAAGAAGUCAUUCUUGGUGUUCUCGGCAAGGAUCUCAACACACAUGCUGACGUGGAUGACGAGGACGGUGACGUCAGCCACUCGAACGAUGACGUGGCGGGCGGCAGGAGUGCAGAGGAGCUGGCGGUGGAUAACAUGCGGCUCAGAGCAGAGCUGAUUGCGCUCAGAGUGCUGGGAACAGCUGGGGGAGGUUCAUCUGGGGUAGGCUCAUCUGGGGCGGGUGCUGCUGGUGAAGGUGCAUGUGGUGGGGAAAGAGAGGGGGGACACGUGGCGGAGUGGCAGCAGCUGGUGCAGGCGCUGCAGCUGAGGGAGCAGGUGGUGCGGCAUGUACAGGUGGCGCUGCGUGAUAGGCAGGCGCAGGUGCAGGCGUACGAGCGGCGAAUCAGAGAGCUGGAAGGGGUGCUGGGCGAUAUGAGCAGAGAUAUUUCAAGAGAUAUGUCGAGAGAUAUUUCGAGAGAUAUUUCGAGAGAUAUUUCUAGAGGUAGUAGAGAUAUGGGUGGAGAGCUUGGUACAAUGGUGAAACAAGAUAGGACUUCAGAGGAGGAGGGUGCACCGGAGGAGGAGGGGAGGGAGAUAGGGGAGAGAGGGAAGCAGGAGGGAGUGAGUGAGAGUGAGGUGGAGAGGAUGAGUGAGGAGGAGAGAAGGAGAGAGGUGGCAGGUUUGCAAGAGGAGCUGCAAUCCGCGUUGAGUGAGCUGCAGUCGUUGCAAUCGAAGCUCACUGCGACAGAAUCGCAGCUAUCCGCAGCGCAAUCAAAUCUGUCCGCAGGAGAAUCGAAUCUAGCCACCGUCCAAUCGAAGCUCACCGCGGCGGAAGCCAGGCUGGCAGCCGCGCAAUCCCAGCUGGCGGAGGCCCGGGAUGAGUCAGCGCGGCUCGAGGCGCUGCUAAGCGAGCGCAGCGCUGAGCUGGACGGUCGUACUGUAGAUAUGAAUAAUGUUACUGUAGAGUUUAAUGCUUGUAAAGAGGAACUGAGUCUGUGUAUAGUGGAGCGGGAGAGGAAUCAGGGGCGGCUGGAGCUACUGCAGCAGGAGUUGGAUCAGGUGAGUCAGCAGCAGAGGCGUGAGGCUGCCAGGGUGGCGGAUCUCGAAGCUGACGUGGCACGGAAGGAUGCUGAGCUGGCAAGGCUGGCUGCUGACCUGUCGGCUGCUGAGGUGGCGGCAGGAAGGCUUGCCGAUCUGGACGAGAAGGCUGGUGGGUCGAUGCAGCUGCAGCAGCUGGUGAUGGGAAGGUGGAGAGCGGUGGAGAGGGGUGGAGUAGAAGGGGCAGCAGCAGGAACGGGAGGAGCUUGGGAGAAAACGGAUGGUUUUACAGCUGGUUCGGAAGCUGAUGUGGGAUUGGGUCGGCAGGGCAGUGACGUGGCAAGACACGUGGAAGCAUUGGAAGAUUCGAGUGCCACGUCACUGGGGCAGGGCAGUGACGUGGCAAGACAGGUGGCGACGCUAGAGGAGGCACUGCGGAGGAAGACUGCCAUGCUGGCAGAGUGCCAGCUCAACUGCGCCCACCUGGAGAACCGGCUGCACGAAGCUAGGAGCGAGGCUCGGAACGAGGCUCGGAGGAGCGAAGCGAGGAGGACCGAGGCACAGAGUGAGGAGAGGAGCGAGGGGCGUGCGCUUACAAGCACCGAGGUAGCAGAGUGGCAGCGCAAGUGCGCAGAUUUAGAGACCCGCCUGCACGAGUGGCAGCGCAAGUGCGCGGAACUAGAGGCCCGGCUGCACGAGGCGAGGAGCGAGGCGCGCACGCUGCGCUGCGCCGCAGACCGGCGGGCGGCGGAGAGCGGCGGGUUGCGGGCGGCAGCGGUGCGGCUGAGAGGGCUGAUGGAGCGAAUCAACCGAUGCCUGCAGGCCAACAGCCUUGGGGGUGUGGUUGAGGGGCUUAGUGGUUUAGCUGACUCGCUGGGGGAGGCAACGGGUGGUGUGGGUGGAGGGGCAGGAGCAGCAGGAGCUGCUGCGGCUGCAGCGGCCGCUGCUGGGUCUGCUUCGGACCUGAGCAGGAGUGCUAUUGCACGUGAGAGAAUUGCCUUCACUCGUUUCCACACGCACGACAUUGCUGCCUUUGUGCCCGUGGGGAGGGGCUGUCAUCGCGCCUUCUGCUCCCUCUCAGCUUCAUUACCCCUUGGCUCUCCUUCCUUUUUUCUAACGUUUCCAACAGAUCGCGCGUGA